GUUAUGUCUUCAAAAAUAAAGAACAUAUUAUGCCAUAUCUCGAAGAUGCAGAGACGGGAACUACAGUUCAUUGGGCCAAAGAACAAGACAAAUAUUAUAAUAGUAUAUGCUUCGUUGGACGAAAUGGGAAUCUUAUUGAAACUUAUCAAAAGACACAUCUAUAUGAAACUGAUGAAAGUUGGGCUGAGGAAGGCCCCGGAUUCAAAUCUAUAGAUGUGCCUGAUUUGGGAAAG